AUGCCCGCAAGGUAUCUUAUCGAGACUAAAGUCAUUGACGACGUGGCUCAACAUGGAAGCGUUGCACUUUUCUGCUCUAAAUACCUACUGUCACCUCCGUUUAACCCGAGAAUCGAGGAAAGCGAGAUUCGAAAGCAUAUGCUCGCUGGGUAUUACGCCCUGCAAGAUUAUGUUGUUUCGAGCAUAUUCGACCACUUUAUUGCAGCCUCUGAGAAAAAAGCAAAUGAUCAGUCAAUGCUGCCGGAUAAACUUUGGCUUGCUCUGCAGUCCUUCGUCGCUGAGUAUGGGAAAGCUCCAGAGUUCAAGGAUAAACUCAGUGACAUAGGGGAGCUUCAGCGACGCCUACCGAGUGACCUUGCCAAGAGGUAUGCACUGUUCGACCUAGAAGAGCGAACAUCCGUACUCAGAUCUGUUCUUGAGAGCGUCCGCAGCGAUGAUUCCCUGCAACAAGACAAAAGAGGGACGCUGAACACUAUUUACGGAUUCAAGUCCUUCAAGUGCCCGCGGCCUUGGUGCCUUCGCUUUGAAAACGGUCUUGACACUUUUAAAGAUCGGGAACGUCAUGUUCAUAAACAUGAUAAUCCAUUUAUCUGUCCAGACGACCAAUGCCCCCUUCAUGAAGUCGGAUUCGAUACCGAGUCAAGUUUGAAUCAACACAUCAGACGCUACCAUGCCUCAACCCACAAUGGCACUCAACCUACAUUUCCGAAACCUCGAUCCCACAGAGAAGACACUCUGUGGAGUGCGUCAGAACGGGGGGAUUUAGCCUCGGUACGCAAACAUAUCAACAAUGGGGCAGACGUCAAUAAACCGACUCGCGCGAAGGGAAUUCGGACUCCUCUCGACUUCGCAGCUCAAAAAGGGCAUCUUGCUAUUUGCCAUAUGCUUGUAAAGCAUGGUGCCAAGUUACUCGACGAGCAUUAUUAUGGAAGACACCCUCGAACGAAGACUGCAUUGAAAGUUGCAAUCAUGCACGGGCAUGAAGAUGUUGUUCGCUAUUUACUAUCUUUGGACUGCGCCAUAAAUAAAGAUGGCCAUCGUUCGGCUGUAUGGUACGCAGCGAGAUCAGGAAACCGGCCGAUUUUGAAGAUGAUCCUUGAUAGCCACGACAGCCGAUCUAGAGUAUCGAACUUGGGAGAUGCUUUAGUGAUAGCAGCAGGAAUGGAUCAUGUUGAUGCAGUGAGCUUCCUUCUAAGAUUCAGUGAAUCAGAACCCCACGUGGACCCGUCCGACGUGGCCAAUUGGCGGAUGAUAAGACAUCACGACUGGAGAUUCAAAAAUGGUCAGUCAUUAAAUGAUGUCGUGUUGUGGGCAAACAGCGCCCACGUGUCGGAUACAAAGUCACGAACACCACUACACAUGGCAUCCAGGAACGGCAAUGCAGAUAUAGUUCAGAUUCUGCUCAACGCCAACGCAAAUCCAAGUCCUUUAUAUCUACAUUCGCGCUUUUCAUCACCAGCCGAUUUCAGCUGGGAAACGCCAUUGUACAGUGCAGCUGAGCAUGGAUAUGCGGAUGUUGUGCAGCUUCUACUUGCGGCACAAGCCGAUCCAAACGAGCCAUGCAAUGGGUUGGGCCCGUUACAUGCAGCAGCUCGAAACGGACAUGCUGAAACCGUUCGUCUAUUGAUCGACAGCAACAGAAUUAAUCCUAAUCUUGGAGACAUGCCUAGCCGAAGCGCAUUGCAUCUUGCUAUUCGGGGAGGCCAUCUGGGGGUCGCCAAACAGAUUGCUGAUAUGUUCCCAGCACAAGCGGGAGCCCUGUUUGCAUGGGCAUCAUCUGAGAACAAUGAGAAUGUGACGGCCUGCUUGCUUGGCUUGGGGAUAUUUCCCGUCGAUCCUCGUUCCCUAUACAAGGCUGCCGUCGGCGGGGAUGAAAAGGCAGUUCGUGCUGCAGCUUUGGCGCCGCAAGCAGCUGUCUCGUCUGGCGAACACCGCCCUGUUAUUUUUGAUAGCUGGUACGCGAUUCCCAAUACAGACGUAGAGCCGGUCGUCGAGCUCGAUUUACUUCUUAUUCUUGGCUCCGAAGGUGUUCAUGGUAUGACCUUUAGUGAGGAUCGCAGAUAUUUGGCAGUCAACGGGAAGCGACGGGUUUUUCUCUAUGGUACACUGCUAGGGAAUGAAAUUGACAGCGCCCAGGUCAGUGAGAAUCAUGGCGCUCAUUUCGUCUUGCAGGGCAUUUAUUUUAGCCCCGAUGGCAACCAUCUUGUCGGUAGAGGCGAAGACAACGUCCUCUGGCUUUGGCAGAUACUCAACCAGGUGACCUCUACCUUUACAACCAGCCAUAUAGGGCCCAUUGAAGCCGUGUGCUAUACUCCCAAUGGACAUUAUCUUGUGACUUGUGGAAGUGAUAGAACUGCCCGCGUGUGGAAUACCUCUCCCGGAGAGCUCUUUCACGUCCACACUAUCGACAUUGGCUAUCAUGCUCUCAGCAUGGCUAUCUCUUUCGAUAGUCGACAUCUCGCUAUCGGUGCCCCGAAUGGAACCAUAUGGCUCUGGAACUUGGCUGCUGGCCCAGCUCCUCCCACGUGUGUUCCAAAUCCGGACAGCCGCACAUGGAAAAUUGACUCUCUCUCGUUCUCAACAGUGGGCUACGAUCUUGUUAGCUGCGGACUCGAUGGGUCGAUUAGGGUCUGUCAUCUCAAGCCUGAAUACAGCGGACGUCCGCUGCGGGUUGGUACUGUACGUACUGCUCAAGGGCAGUGUGAGAAUGCUCUAGAUGCUCGUCUCACCUCGGAUCUACGCUGGCUGUUAUCUUGCAAGUCUACGGGCGAUGUCUUGGUACAGAGCACGACGACCGGCGUCAUUCAUACGGUUCUUAAGGCGCACCCGGACAAGGCCGUGGCUCUCGCUUGUUCGUCGUCGGGAUCUGUAUUUGCAAGCGCAUCAAGUGACGGUCAAGUGCGAGUCUGGAAAAUGCAAGUCAAUCCCCUCAGAAGUACCAAGAGUUCAGCCCGGUGA